AAAUAUUUACCUUCAUAGCUUCGGAUUUUUGGUUAAGGAAUAAUUCUGAAAUGUUUUUUAUCAAGUAUUUUCCAAUUGUACAGACAGCAAUUCGUCCAUCUGUGACGACGAUGGUCCAUAGAUUUAACAAAGACCAAUUGUUUUCGCAAACUAUUCAGAAUAUAUUCGUGCCAACCCAAACGGCAUCGAUAGCUACAUCGCAACAUUAUUACGCAAAAACCAAGGAUAAAAAAAAGGAAAAGGGUAAAAAAACCACCAAAAUAGAAAUCAACGAAAGCCAGUUGCGCGAAAUUGUAAAUUACGAUGCUAUAAAUAAACAGAUGCAAAAGGCCGUGCAGCAAAUGAAAGACGACUUCCUUCUGCAUUUAUCACUACGUUCAACAACAGGUGCUAUAGAUACACUACGAAUUACAGUUGAUGGCAAGGAGCACGAGCUGCAAGAAUUGGCACAAAUUUCAAGGAAAAAUCCUAAAACUAUUGUUGUUAAUAUGAUAGCUUUUCCCCAAACCAUACCAGAUGUUCUAAAGGCUUUAGAAAAAAGUGGAAUGAACUUAAACCCACAACAGGAUGGAACAACACUCUUUAUACCUAUACCAAAGGUAACAAAAGAACAUCGAGAGAAACUUUCCAAGAAUGCAAAAAAUCUAUUUACUAAAUAUCGGGACACAAUAAAGGAUAUUCAAAAUAAUAGCAUUAAAAAAUUAAAAAAGCAAACCGACAUUUCCAAGGACGAUAUGUUUUCGGUACAAAAUCAACUAACUGCUGUAGCUGAUCAGUAUAUUGCAGAAGCUGAUAAAAUUCUCCAAACUAAACAAAAGGAAUUAAUUGGAGACUCGUAAAUUACCAUCAACAUUUCAAUUAUAGACUGAAUAAAAUUGAAAAUUAAUUGUUUCUUUGAAUAA